UCCGCUAAGCCCCGCCCUGGCCACGCCUCCAAGCUCUAGUGUGUUUUUCCUCCCGCUGCGCUACCUCUGCGCUGUCCGGGUUCCUCUUCUCUGUACCCUGUGACAGCAGUGGCAGUCAUGGAGAUGGAUGUCACCAGUGACACCGUGGAAGUGCUACCCCAGCACAAGUUGGACAUCAGGUGCCUGGAGGCCUACCUGAAUCAGCACUUGCCUGGCUUUGGGGCAGAUCCCCGGGCUGUGCUGACUGUUACCCAAUACAGAUCAGGACAAUCGAAUCCAACCUUUUUCCUCCAGAAAGGAUCUCAAGCCUAUGUUCUCAGGAAGAAACCUCCGGGCUCCCUUCUUCCCAAAGCACAUAAGAUUGACAGAGAAUUCAGAGUCCAGAAAGCCUUGUUCUCCGUUGGAUUCCCUGUCCCCAAGCCUCUGCUGUACUGCAGUGAUGCUUCUGUCAUCGGGACAGAAUUUUAUGUGAUGGAACAUGUGCGGGGUCGCAUAUUUCGUGAUUUUUCACUUCCCGGAGUUAGCCCAGCAGAACGCGCAGCUAUAUAUGUGUCUGUGAUAGAAACCUUGGCGUGGCUACAUUCACUGAAUGUCAAGUCACUGCAGCUGGAUGGCUACGGUACUGGAGUCGGGUACUGCAAAAGACAGGUAUCCACCUGGACAAAGCAGUACCAGGCAGCAGCCCAUCAGGACAUCCCUGCCAUGGACCAGCUCUCCAAGUGGCUAAUGAAGAACUUGCCACAUAAUGACAAUGAGGAGAGCCUGAUUCACGGAGACUUCAAGCUGGAUAACAUAGUUUUCCACCCCAAAGAGAGUCGCGUUAUAGCGGUGCUGGACUGGGAGCUUUCGACCUUCGGCCACCCUUUGUCGGACUUAGCCCACCUGUCCUUGUUUUACUUUUGGCCCAGGACACUGCCCAUGUUAAACGGAGGCUCUCACAUUCAAGAGAACACAGGAAUACCGUUGAUGGAGGAACUGAUUUCGAUAUAUUGCCGUCGCAGGGAAAUUGAUCCUAAUCUUCCUAACUGGAAUUUCUUUAUGGCCCUUUCUUUUUUUAAGUUGGCUGGAAUAGCACAGGGGGUCUAUAGAAGAUACCUCUUGGGAAAUAACUCAUCUGCGGAUAGCUUUCUGACGGCCAAUACUGUGCAGCCCCUGGCAGAAACUGGAUUACAGCUCUCUAAAAGAACUUUUAGUACUGUACUGUCACAGGCUGACCCUAAAAACCAGUUGUUUGCGCAGACCAGGAGAGGCCAGGAAGUUCUUGCCAAAGUGAAGCAGUUCAUGAAACAGCACAUCUUUCCUGCUGAAAAGGAAGUAGCAGAAUACUAUGCUCGAAAUGGAAAUGCAGAGGAAAAGUGGGGACACCCCUUAGUGAUUGAAAAACUAAAGGAAAUGGCCAAAGCCGAGGGCCUAUGGAACUUGUUCUUGCCAGCUGUGAGCGGCCUCAGCCAGCUGGACUAUGCCUUGAUUGCCGAAGAGACAGGAAAAUGUUUUUUUGCUCCAGAUGUUUUUAACUGCCAAGCACCAGACACAGGCAACAUGGAGGUGUUGCACCUGUACGGCAGUGAGCAACAGAAGCAGCAGUGGCUGGAGCCGCUCCUUCGGGGAGAGAUCACCUCUGUAUUCUGUAUGACAGAGCCCGAUGUCUCAUCAAGUGAUGCCACAAACAUUGAAUGUAGCAUCCAGCGAGAUGGAGAUGGCUAUAUAGUUCACGGCAAGAAAUGGUGGAGCAGCGGAGCUGGGAAUCCCAAGUGUAAAAUUGCAAUUGUCUUGGGAAGGACAGAAGCUGCUUCUGUAUCCAGACACAAACAGCACAGCAUGAUCCUUGUUCCGAUGGACACACCUGGAGUAGAACUAAUAAGGCCUUUGCCAGUGUUUGGCUACUUGGAUAAUGUACAUGGUGGGCACUGGGAGGUCCAUUUUAAUCAUGUGCGGGUUCCUGCCACCAAUUUAAUACUCGGUGAAGGCAGGGGGUUUGAAAUUUCCCAAGGCCGCCUUGGACCUGGAAGAAUCCACCACUGUAUGAGAACCGUGGGUUUGGCGGAACGCAUUCUGGAGAUCAUGUGUGAACGCGCAGUGCAGAGGGUAGCCUUCAAGAAGAAGCUGUACGAACAUGAGGUCGUGGCUCACUGGAUUGCUAAAAGCCGCAUAGCCAUCGAGGAGAUCCGCCUGCUGACCUUGAAAGCAGCUCACAGCAUAGAUACUGUGGGUAGUGCUGCAGCCAGGAAGGAGAUUGCAAUGAUCAAAGUGGCAGCCCCAAAAGCCGUCUGCAAAAUAGCUGACCGGGCCAUCCAGGUGCACGGAGGGGCAGGCGUUUGCCAGGAUUACCCUCUGGCUAACAUGUAUGCCGUAAUACGCACCCUGCGCUUAGCAGAUGGACCUGAUGAAGUCCACCUCUCUGCAAUCGCCAAAAUGGAGCUUCAGGACCAAGCCAGACGCUUGACAGCCAGGAUGUGAGGGGAGCAGCCCUGCCCAUCCCACGGCUGGAGAGGCUUGAACACUUCGGUUUUUUUGAGACAGGGUUUCUCUGUGUAGUUUUGGUGCCUGUCCUGGAACUCAUUCUGUAGAACAGGCUGGCCUUGAACUCACAGAGAUCCACUUGCCUCUGCCUCCCAAGUGCUGGGAUUCUCUUAAUCAUCUGUCUUCCAUUUCUGCUGUGAUUUGAGUAGGCUAAUUAUUUCACCCGUGGCAAAGAUUUUAGCAUCUGUUUUGAUUAUUGGGUUUUAAAAUGUUAAGGAUCACACAGAUGUGGGGUAAAUAGGAAAUUCCAUCACCGUCAUCAUUGGGUCUAGCGUCUAAUGGUUUAGCAUUUGCUUUAUGCACAUGUGACCCGUGACGAGGUGGCACUGGGAAUGGUAGAGCUAUUUCUGGAUCAUCAGCAUGAAGAGCUCUUUGCCUUGGCUUUCGGGAAUUAGGCCAUGUGAAUAGACACCCCAGGCCCAUUUCAUCUUGUCCUGAAACAUAUGUAGUUGUACCCCUUUUAAUAGUGUUUUGGGGGUUAGUUUAGCACUUCCAAGAAAGACAUAAUGGAGGUUUUCAGUGUUCCCAUGAAAAGCCUCUUCCUGACCCAGCAGGAAGCAGUUCUGGUGACAGUUCACUAGAAAAUGUAGCGUGUUAGGGGAACGAGGCAUCAAGGCCACUUAAGUUAUGUAGAAAAUGCCAACGAGAAUGGUCAAUAGUUGGUGCUACAUUGGAGAUCUCCAUGUACCACGGUCCUCCACAUUGAAAUGUCACUGGUGCAGCAGAUGAACCAAAUUUUUAGUUUAAAUAUAUAUUUUCUGUUCAGUUGCUGGGAAAACUGUUAAGUAUAGCUGAAAGGCUUGGUUGGGUGGAUCUACCUUUUCAAGUAUGAAUGUUUUGAAAUCUCAACACAAAGAGAAAUAUUUUAAAUCAAAAUUUGGCAUCCAAAUAAACACAGUAAGUGUAAAAUACAUACUAGAUUUUGAAAACUUAACUGAAAAUAAUUUAAAAUAGCUCAUGGAUAAUACCUUUAUAUUGAUCAUACAUUGAAUUAUAUUUUGGAAAUACUGAGUUGAAUAAAAUAUGCCCAAAUCUUC